UACGAUAUAUAUUUCUGUAUAUUAAAAUAAUAUUCCAUAUAAAAUGGUGAUGUCAAUUUUUUUGUAGCAACUGUAUAACCUUCCCCCGUCCCUGCAAAUGGAUAACAGUAUCGGAUCACUAAAGCCUUAUCCAGCCCAUAAAACCCAUACCCUCCCACCCCGAUGUCCGUCGCUGCACUCUCUUUUCCCCUCUCUUCUUACUCUUCUUCCAAUUUCAGAAACUCCAAAUCUUUCAAGCUACCCAAUGCAACCUCACAGCAAAUAUCUCUGGACUCGUCCCCACCCAAUAAAACCCCGUCUUCUUCUCAACCAUUCAGGAAGACUGGCGUCAUUGUGGUCGGCGCCGGGCUAGCUGGUUUAGCUGCCGCUACUCGGCUCCAAUCUGAGAACAUCCCUUUCCUCCUCCUCGAAGCCUCCGACGCCGUUGGCGGCCGCGUCCGUACGGAUUUCGUCGAUGGCUUCACUCUCGACCGUGGCUUCCAAAUCUUCAUUACGGCUUAUCCCGAAGCUCGAAAGCUUCUUGAUUACGACUCGCUCAAUCUCCAAAGAUUUUACUCCGGCGCUAAGGUCUUUUACGACGGUCGCUUCCACACCGUAGCUGAUCCCCUGCGGCAUUUUUCCGAUGCCCUCCAGUCUCUAAUGAAUCCCAUUGGUACAGUCAUUGAUAAGCUGUUGAUAGCAUUGACUAGAAUUAGGGUUUUGAGCCAGUCGGAUUACGAUAUUUUGACUGCGGAUGAGGUCAAGACGAUUGAUUUGUUGAGGAGAACAGGAUUUUCGGAUUCGAUUCUGGACCGGUUUUUCCGACCAUUUUUUGGCGGGAUUUUCUUCGACAGGGAGCUUGGAACCACUUCCCGUUUGUUCGAUUUCGUGUUCAAAUGUCUUGCUCUCGGGGAGAAUACCCUCCCAAAGAGUGGCAUUUCCGCAAUUCCAGAGCAAUUGGCAGCUAAAUUGAAUCCAAACUCGAUUUUAUUAAAUUCAAGGGUAGUUUCUAUAGAUUGUGAGUCAGAGGAUGGUGUGACUGUGAAUUUGGAAAAUGGAGACUUGUUGAGGAGUGAUCUUGGAGUCAUUCUAGCAAUUGAAGAAUUUGAAGCUGUCAAGAUUUUGGCAGGAAAAACAGGGCCUGGUCUGGUGAAGAUGCCGGUGAGGAGCACCGUUUGCUUGUAUUUUUCGGUGGAUAGCAACAGAGUUCCAGUUAAAGACCCUGUGCUAUUUUUAAAUGGGUCGGGUCGAGGGAUUGUGAAUAACAUGUUUUUUGCAACCAAUGUGGCUCCAUCCUAUGCUCCUCCAGGAAAAGCGUUGGUGUCUGUAUCACUUAUCGGGUUGUAUGAUAGUGUGCCUGAUGAAGAGCUGGUAGAACGGGUCAUGAAGGAGUUAACAGAUUGGUUUAGGGAGGGGGAUGUCAGGUCGUGGAGAUACUUGCGUAUGUACAGAAUCGGGUUUGCCCAGCCAAACCAGUGCCCCCCUACAAAUUUGAUGAAGGAUCCGAGAGUGAAGCCUGGGUUGUAUAUAUGCGGGGAUUAUGUGACUAGUGCCACUUUUGAUGGCGCGUUGGUUUCUGGGAGGAGGGCUGUCGAGGCUUUACUGAAAGAUAGGGCAACGGUUAAAGUAUGAUCUUUGGAGAAACCACAAGAUGUUUUCUGCAAGUAUGCGAGUAUAUUCUUUUUGUGUGCGCUGUUUAUAUUGGAAUAUGUAACAUGAUUUGUUAACGUGUUCAUAUUUCCAGAAUGCUUGCCUAUUCUUUUAUACCUGCGUGGUAGAGUUACACGACAGAUAGUCUUCCUGCUCCUUAUUCUGGGUUGGUAUAUAAUCUAAGGUUUUGAUUUCAUGUUAUUCUUGUAAGAGGUGCAUAAGCUUGGGAUAAAUUGCAGCUUCGCAUAAGAGAAAUCUUGAUAGUUUGAUGCCUGCUUGUGAACCAGUGGGUUAGAAUGCUGUUGAUGUUGAUUUCAGGCAUGGAACUUCUUUCGAGGUCAAA